AUGCAGAAUUACAACACCAACCAUCCUAACUUAUUGACGUUGACUCGCGAGCAGGAACAUGAUAUCAUGGUCUCCACCCUCUUGAACGUAAUCAACGGCGACCAAUCCGCCACGUCAGUGUUUCCUUCUAAUAACGUCAACGACGCGUCUCUUCCUAUGAAGAUCAACGGCUAUGAGUAUUUCAACACCAUUUUCCCGCCAAGCCAACGACAACGACAAUUACAACCAGCCAGGGUGCCGACGAGGCAUUACAGGGGGGUACGGCAGAGGCCGUGGGGGAAAUGGGCGGCGGAGAUCCGAGACCCGAAACGAGCGGCUCGGGUCUGGCUGGGGACGUUUGAUGAGGCGGAAGCUGCCGCCAGGGCUUAUGAUAGGGCGGCUAUUAGGUUCCGAAGAGAUAAAGCAAAGACCAAUUUCCCAUUGACAGAUUACAAAAUGGAAGAAGAGGAAGAAGAUACAGAAAAAAGCAAUGGAGAAAAAGGAGAGAGUAGUAAAGAAAAAGUUGAAGAAAUCGGAUGGGAAAUAUUUUCGGAGAAAGAGUUUAGAGAGCUAAUGAUGAUGGAUCCCAUGACUUAA